AUGAUUGGGGAACAGAUAGGUAGUAAUCAACAGGCCACCCACACCCUGCAAAUAUCACAACUCGGGAAGAGUAAGUGGUCUGGCACCAUACCAACCCCCCACCAAUACAACCAGUGUCCCCUGGCACCAUACCAACCCCCCACCAAUACAACCAGUGUCCCCUGGCACCAUACCAACCCCCCACCAAUACAACCAGUGUCCCCUGGCACCAUACCAACCCCCCACCAAUACAACCAGUGUCCCCUGGCACCAUACCAACCCCCCACCAAUACAACCAGUGUCCCCUGGCACCAUACCAACCCCCCACCAAUACAACCAGUGUCCCCUGGCACCAUACCAACCCCCCACCAAUACAACCAGUGUCCCCUGGCACCAUACCAACCCCCCACCAAUACAACCAGUGUCCCCUGGCACCAUACCAACCCCCCACCAAUACAACCAGUGUCCCCUGGCACCAUACCAACCCCCCACCAAUACAACCAGUGUCCCCUGGCACCAUACCAACCCCCCACCAAUACAACCAGUGUCCCCUGGCACCAUACCAACCCCCUCCACCCUCCAGUACAACCAGUGUCCCCUGGCACCAUACCAACCCCCCUCCACCCUCCAGUACAACCAGUGUCCCCUGGCACCAUACCAACCCCCCUCCACCCUCCAGUACAACCAGUGUCCCCUGGCACCAUACCAACCCCCCUCCACCCUCCAGUACAACCAGUGUCCCCUGGCACCAUACCAACCCCCCUCCAAUACAACCAGUGUCCCCUGGCACCAUACCAACCCCCCUCCACCCUCCAGUACAACCAGUGUCCCCUGGCACCAUACCAACCCCCCUCCAAUACAACCAGUGUCCCCUGGCACCAUACCAACCCCCCUCCACCCUCCAGUACAACCAGUGUCCCUUGGCACCAUACCAACCCCCCACCCCCCUCCAGUGCAAUCAGUGUCCCCUGGCACCAUACCAACCCCCCUCCACCCUCCAGUGCAACCAGUGUCCCCUGGCACCAUACCAACCCCCCUCCACCCUCCAGUGCAACCAGUGUCCCCUGGCACCAUACCAACCCCCCUCCAGUGCAACCAGUGUCCCCUGGCACCAUAUCAACCCCCCACCCCCCUCCAGUGCAACCAGUGUCCCCUGGCACCAUACCAACCCCCCUCCAAUACAACCAGUGUCCCCUGGCACCAUACCAACCCCCCUCCACCCUCCAGUACAACCAGUGUCCCUUGGCACCAUACCAACCCCCCACCCCCCUCCAGUGCAACCAGUGUCCCCUGGCACCAUACCAACCCCCCUCCACCCUCCAGUGCAACCAGUGUCCCCUGGCACCAUACCAACCCCCCUCCAGUGCAACCAGUGUCCCCUGGCACCAUAUCAACCCCCCACCCCCCUCCAGUGCAACCAGUGUCCUCUGGCACCAUACCAACCCCCCUCCAGUGCAACCAGUGUCCCCUGGCACCAUACCAACCCCCCUCCACCCUCCAGGGCAACCAGUGUCCCCUGGCACCAUACCAACCCCCCUCCAAUACAACCAGUGUCCCCUGGCACCAUACCAACCCCCCUCCACCCUCCAGGGCAACCAGUGUCCCCUGGCACCAUACCAACAGGCAUGGGAAAGCUAA